AGGAAUAGACAGCUAACUUUAGAGACAUUGAGGCGUCGCUGACCUGAAAGCACAGAGAUGCAGACUAUCAAAUGUGUGGUGGUGGGUGAUGGAGCAGUCGGAAAAACCUGCCUACUGAUCUCGUACACCACUAACAAAUUCCCCUCUGAGUACGUACCAACAGUGUUUGACAACUAUGCUGUCACUGUAAUGAUCGGAGGAGAACCUUACACUCUCGGAUUAUUCGACACAGCAGGUCAGGAGGAUUAUGACAGGUUACGACCACUAAGCUACCCUCAAACAGAUGUCUUCUUAGUUUGCUUUUCAGUUGUUUCACCAUCCUCGUUUGAAAAUGUUAAAGAAAAGUGGGUUCCUGAAAUAACUCACCAUUGUCCCAAGACCCCAUUCCUAUUGGUCGGCACUCAGAUUGACCUGCGUGAUGACCCCUCCACAGUGGAGAAGUUAGCCAAGAACAAACAGAAGCCCAUCACCCCUGAGACAGCAGAAAAACUGGCCCGUGACCUUAAGGCAGUCAAAUAUGUUGAAUGCUCAGCUUUAACACAGAAAGGGUUAAAGAAUGUGUUUGAUGAGGCAAUCCUGGCUGCCCUGGAGCCUCCAGAACCUAAGAAAAGACGUAAAUGUGUUCUGCUCUAGGUUUGAACUCAGCCUUCACCCCGUACUACGUUCCAUAUCCAGGUUAAUAGUAUUGAAGAGUUUUACCUGCACCGACACAUUCCGAGAUGUUGUGAAAAUGCCUUCUGACCAGAUAAACCUGUACACACGGCGCGUGUGAUACGUGAAGUAACAGCUGAUUUUCUAAAACAGAAAAAAGGUCUUGCAUCAAAUGGACACCUAACAUACAUUAUUAUGUUUGAGAUUGGCCACUUUGUACACACGUUUUUACUGAAGUAUUCUUGCAAAACAAUUUUUUUGUUUGUUUAGUGCAUCCAACUCUUGUACAGCUUUCCUGUAAAACACGAGCUUGUUAGUGGUUUGUGACUCAUCAAUAUUUUGUGUUCCUUUAUUCAUUUAUACCGCGAGUUUAACCCUGGUUACUAUUUAAAAAAAACUGCAACUCCAAGACAGGGACUCAUUGAUCUUGUGCUCUUGUCAUUAAGGGUCAAAGGUGAGAAGACUAGAACCAGAGGAGUUGUUCUCCUAAAGCUGUAAGAACAGUGCAAUAAUAUCCAUCAUAGCAGUUUGACUUUACAUCAAGGUAAUAUGUAGACAAUGUUACAGAAACUGACAAUUAGAUAAAAACAGGAGUCACUAAACAUCAGACUAUUUGCUGCAGCAUUAGCGCUAGCUUAGCAACAACACAGACAGUUGUUGAAAGGAAAAAAAAGUGUUAUACGAGUUAUUUAUUCACGAAGACUGAACUAAAAAAAAUUGCCUUUGUCCACCGAUAUCCUCAUCUAAAAGAC